ACUAGUGUCAUCUCACGUUACUGACAGAGCGGAUGAGGCUAUGCAAAGUGUAUGUUGCCGGAUAGGUGGACUAAGUGCUUCACAUGUGUAAGGUGCGUGAUUUGAUCAGUUUCCUUUCGGUGCUGUGUUGCUGGGGUCGGAUCGUGAUUAUUCAACUCUGCCAUGAGUCGUGCGCCUACUUCAACCCCACUUGUUUUCACUGGAAGGAACAUGCGUUAAAACGUGAAACCACUGAUCAUAUCUGCAGUGGAGCCAUGAGGUAGAUACGCCAGUACACAGAAGAACAGAAAAACCUCCCAACCAGUGUGGACUUGUACUCUUGUGUGUGAGUGUGUGUGUGUGUGUGUGGUGUUCUAUUGUGUAAGAGUGUGUGCGUAUGAUUGGUAUAAGGGGGGCCUCUGUUGCCCGUCUCUCCUCACGGACAGGGUUGCCAGUAAUGGCGACCCACGAUGCUUUGCUGCUGCUUGUGCUAUGGCUGUGCUGUGUGUCAGCGUGGGGGGGCUACCCCUUCAGGCCACCGCUGGAGCUGGACGUCACCCCGCGAACCACCGUGUUUGCCAGCGGGCUUCUCGGGUGUGAGCGGUUCCAAGGCUCUGUGGUGAACUACAGCACCCUGCUGCUGGAGGAGAAGGGAGAGAGAGUGGAGAAGGCGGGGGAGGCUCAGGGAGGUGAAGAGGGCGAGGCUGGAGGAGCAGCAGGAGGAGGAGGAGGAGUGCUGUACGUCGGAGCCAGGGGUGCUGUUUACGCCCUACAGGCCAACAACAUCUCAGCCAGCCCACCACGCACAAUCGAGUGGGAGGCCCCAGUGGACCAGAAGAAACAGUGCCUCAAUAAGGGCAGAGACAACAAAACUGAGUGCUUCAAUCACAUCCGGUUCCUGCAGCGCUUCAAUAGCACACACCUAUACACGUGUGGAACACAUGCCUUCAAGCCCCUCUGUGCAUACAUUGAUGCAGACAAGUUUCAGAUUUCUUCUGGGUUCGAGGAGGGACGUGAGAAGUGUCCGUAUGACCCUGCGAAAGGCUACACCGGACUCCUCAUAGAUGAGCAAAUGUACACGGCCACUCAGUAUGAGUUCAGGAGCUCCCCUGACAUCAAGCGGAACUCUCCCACCCCCACCAUCAAGACAGAGGAGGCCCCUACAAGAUGGCUCCUGGAGGCAGACUUUGUGGGCUCGGCGUUGGUGCGCGAGAGCCUCAACAGCUCAGUGGGCGAUGACGACAAGAUCUACUUCUUCUUUACGGAGAAGAGCCAGGAGCAGACGGCCUUUGGCGGUCAGGGCCGAGUCGCCCGCGUGGCCCGCAUCUGCAAGGGUGACCGUGGGGGUCACCUGACACUACAGAGGAAGUGGACGUCCUUCCUGAAAGCACGGCUCACCUGCUCGCUGCAUGACUACCAGCUCCACUUCAAUGUCCUGCGCAGCAUCUUCACCAUCAGAGGAGUCUCGGCGCAGGACACCCUCUUCUACGGCAUCUUCGGACUGGAGUGGAAAAACGUGAAGGCGUCAGCCAUCUGUCAGUACUCCAUUGGGGACAUGUGGCAGGUGUUUGAAGGGCCCUACAUGGAGAGCCAGGACACCAGUUUCAAGUGGAGCGAGUACACAGGCAAGACCCCCGAACCGCGCCCCGGAUCGUGCAUCACGGACAGGCUGCGGGCCAAGGGCAUGAACUCGUCCUUUGACCUGCCGGACGACGUGUUGCACUUUGUGCGCCGGCACCCACUCAUGUUCCAGCAGGUGCAGCCACGGCUGCAGCGCCCCCUGCUGUUCAAGCGCAGCACGGACUACACCCAGCUGGCCGUCCACAGCCAGCCUGCGCUGGACGGCCACACGUACAGCGUGCUUUUCAUCGGGACAGAUGAGGGCUGGCUACACAGAGCUGUAGAGGUUGAAGGUCAUCUGCAUAUCAUUGAGGAGUUACAGCUCUUUGAGCAGGCCCAGCCUGUGGACAGUAUUGUCAUCUCCGGAACUCAGAGGAGUGUGUAUGUGGGCUCUGCCUCCGAGGUGGUGCAGUUGCCCAUGUCCACCUGUGGCAGGUACGCCUCCUGCUAUGACUGCGUGUUUUCCAGAGACCCCUUCUGUGCCUGGGAUGGGGAUGGGGAGCAGUGUGUGGAGGUCUCAACUCACUCUGACAGGUCUAAUCUGACGCAGGACAUUCAGCAGGGGAACCGGGGUUGUGAGAAUGAGACGGCAGAUGUCUUGCAGCGCAGACGCUCGGUGAUGCAAGGCGACGAUGUGCUGCUGCAAUGUGAGCUGAGCUCCAACGUGGCAUCGCCGGAGUGGACCCUCGAUGGCGUGCGUCUCCAGGGCUACGGGCUGGACUCGGGUUUCCGUGUGGGCACCGACGGCCUGCUGCUGAUCUCCGUGCGGCCCGAGCAGAGUGGCCACUACCGCUGCUUCGCCUUGGAGAAUGGCGCGCGCAUGCCCAUGGCCGCCUACGAGGUUGCCGUCCUCACGGAACGACCUCCGGUGCACCCGCCCGACCCCGCAGUCGAGCCCACGCAGCCGCCCGAGGACCUUGCCGGCACAGAGGACCUCACCACCCAGCAGCCCGGUCUACACACCUCUCGUCCCCCCAGCCAGAGCUCCACCAGCUCCGCCACUCGGCCCCAGCCCCACUCCUUGACCCCUCCCCCACCCGCCCCUCCCCUGCUGCCCCGCUCCGACUUCCUGUCCCUGAAAAACAUGGAGGCCAUGUACCUGUCCCUGGUGACCAUCCUGGGUGGGCUGUGCCUGGUGCUGACCGUGGUGCUGCUCUACGUGGGCUUCUGUGUGAGCGGGCGGCGGGGGAAAUACUCGCUGUCCCGUGCCCAGCGCCACCGCUGCGGCGGCGCCCUGGAGCUCCGCACCGUCUCCUCGCACUGCAACGGGACGUGCCGGCCGGGGAGGGGCGACUCACACGUUGACGGGCUCCUCCAGAUCGUGCCCGGCGAGGGCCAGGCCUCGCCCAACAAGGACCACGCCUUGCUCCCGCCCGCUCCGCCCUUGCCGCCACCGCCCGUGACUGAGGCGGAGUUCGCCAACGGGCUGGCAGCGACGCUACCCAGCGUGCUGAGGAAGAUGAAUGGGAACAGCUACGUGCUGCUGCGCCAGAGCGAAUCAGAGAGCACCUCGCCACUCUACUACUCCUUCACCGAGGAGCUCAGCCGCAUCCUGGAGAAGAGGAAGCACACGCAGCUGGUGUCCAAGCCAGAUGAGAGCUCUGUGUAACACCUCUGCCCUUUCACAGUGCCCCUGUGUGGUGGGAGGUCUCAACUGCACCUCCCCCCCCCCGCUGUGAAAGAUGUCAAGAGCUGGGAAUUUGAUGACCAUUUUAAAUUCAAACCCUCCUUAACCCUGGAGUAAGAGGUCCUGCACUGACUGAAUUCAUGACAAGUAAACUGUGCACAUGUUUAGCAUUUGUUAAACACUUCAAAUGACAUAAAUUAACAACAUUUGCCCCUCAAAUUGUGGGCUCAAAUGCUGAUAACACAACUACAGAGACUUGGAGAACAACCUUCUAUGGAGUAUCUACCUCAGCCGUAGCCCGGCCACGUUCCUCAUCGUCCAUGAAGAAGGCCAAGACUUCGGGAGCCAGUGGGGUCACCAGAGUCUCAGCCACAUAUAAAAUUACGACUACAAAGGCGUUGUCCUCUGAAACAGCCUCAAAAGCCACGGCUAUGGACUGAGCAGAACUUUGCCCUUAGGGAGCGUUGGAGCGGCACCAGGACUUAGAUGGGGCCAAGGGAUGAAAGGGAGGCUUGGCUGAGAGAAGCUGCCCCUGCUUCACUUAUCCGUUCGCAAAAUGGAGGCAGCUGGCCAAAAAAGACAAGCAAGACGUGCUCUGUGUCUAAACAAGCAGUCUGCAAUAUGAUGUCUUUGCUCUUUUUUAUGUGUCUUAUGAAAUGUGCUUCUUCUUUUGCUCUUGUAAUUUAUUAUGACACCAACCAUACUGAUAUACAACUAAGAUAAACUGCCAACUAACGAUGUGAUAUCUACCUAAAGUGGUCCAUUUUUAAAAAAAAGAGAAAGCCUUUGUAAAUAACGACCUUGUCCUUGAGGUCUGAGUAAAACAAGAGACUUUGAUACUUACAGUAUUAAUCUUUUGGAAGCACUUUAUAAGUUCCGCCUUGGGCUUCUCAAGUGACAGUUGGGGAGUGAAGUGACUCUUGCCAGAGUAUUAUUAUAGGAUGGAGCAGCAGCACCCACACUGAUCAGAACUGUUUCACCUAAGGCCAUCCUUAAAAAUAUUUUUGUUUGCCGUAACCCGACCGACCCUGUCAAUUUAGA